CUCUGGCCAAUCAGGUGGGUCCUCCGCGGGGGCCGGCUCCAGGCAGUGCUCCUCCGCUCUCUCCAGGCUCCAGCCGCUCUGGCUGAGUGGUUGGAGAUCGCGCCCGCUCAGCUGCGCCCCUCGACGGGGAGGCUGACCGGGAAGGAAGACACUCGGCCCAUCGACGCUCAGCUUUCUCCCCAGCGUUCUCCCGGCUGGCUUUUCUCUGUGGUUAUUUACGUCGCAGUCCCACAGGGAGCCGGGGUUCCCGCUUCUCUCUUUGGCGAGAUUUGCGAACUUCUCUUUUUCGCGCCUCCCGGGCAGGGCGGCAGAAGAUGGCAGAGUUGAGUAGACCCAGGACCCCCGGCUGGGUUUUCUCAGGCCCCUAGUGAGGCGAAGGCUCAGUUGUCCCGACACCCUGGGAUCGGCUCCAGUUUGCCUGACUCUUGAACUCCCCGGUCACUUCCCCUUCUAGUCCCCGAGUUGGCAUCGGAGGCACUUCUCCCGGCCCCCUCCCAAACUGGGGGGACCUCGGCCACGGCUCUCCCUCUCCCGGGACAGAGCUCGCUGCCUCCUUCAUCACGGGCUGAAGUCAUGUAAACAGAAGUGGCGGAGAGCGAGGGGGCAGCCAGACAGUCAGGCUGGCAGAGGCAGAGGUUGGUGGUGAAUCGCGCAGCUGUUGGUCCCGACCCUCCUCCGCUACGGUCCCAGCCCGUCUGCCUCUCGGUUGCCUCUCCCAGGUAAUAGGUCUCCCAAGUGAAGAGGAAUUUGUGAAUCGUAGCAAUGGUUGAGUCUAGCUGCAAAUGGAAAUUUGGAGCUGUUCUGAAACGCUUUCUGGAGUAAUUGUGUUUGACUGGAAUCCAAUUCUUGUGAAGUCCCCAAGGAUGAGAUUCUCUGCCAAAUCAGUGCUACUGUCUCAUUGGCUCCUCCUGGUCUCUGUGCUAAUGGUGUGCAGUAAACUGUUGUCAGCCUCUAGUCAUCAUCUCCGGGGACACCCAGGCCACCAGGUCAAGCAAGGGACGUGUGAAGUGGUCGCUGUGCACCGUUGCUGCAAUAAGAACAGGAUUGAGGAGCGAUCACAGACUGUGAAGUGCUCUUGCUUCCCGGGGCAGGUGGCUGGUACAACGAGGGCUCAGCCUUCCUGUGUUGAAGCCUCCAUUGUCCUACAAAAAUGGUGGUGUCAUAUGAAUCCAUGCCUAGAUGGAGAAGAUUGUAAAGUGCUUCCAGAUUAUUCUGGCUGGUCUUGCAGCAGUGGCAACAAAGUCAAAACUACUAAGGUCACCCGGUAGCCCAGAAUUAGCUGUGCUUUCUUGUUGGUGAGAAGAACACAUGUGCCAGCAUGCUCAUUCAGAUGAUCACAUAAACCUUUUGAAUGAAGAUUUUCUUGGACUUGAGGAAUUUGAGUCUUCAAAUGGGCAUCUUGGAUGGCAACAUCUCCUGUCCGCUCUAGCACCGCUUGCUUUUUAGGAUGUCUCCUGUUUGGGAUCACACAAAUUUAAGAAAACUGAAUUUGUCUCUUAAAUAACACAUUCUGGAUUCUCAUGGAUUAUAAGUUUUUGAGAAGUCCCCUAAAGUGGGUCAAACCUAAGAAAGUUUGAAAGCAAAUUGCUUCUUUCAUAAAAGUGAUUAUUUUGAUUACCAAGGAGAAAUGAUUGAAUUUGAAACAACCCACAGCUGUUCUUUAUGUGUAUAUAUAUGUAUUUUCCCCCAAUACACAGUGCAUUGGCUUGGGCUAAAACUUACCCAAAUAUCCAGUGGACUUAAAGGAAGAUGCUAGGAAAGCAUGUUGUCAGUGAGUUUUAUGGAUAUGGAUCAAUGGAAUAGGGGAAGCAAAUUUUAUGAAUCUCUAGCAUCAGUGAGCUCUAUAUUUUGGUUACAAUAUGUGUAAUUUCCCUCAUCAUUUCAAAUUUUGAUUUGUUGGGAAUAGAUUGACUCUUUUAGUAACUGUUUGUUAGAUAGAUAAAUAAUGGAGUUUGAAUUAUUCUUCAGGUGUUGACUUCUGAAUGUGAAAUAGUUAGGCAUUAGUGCAACAUCUCUCUUCUUAUAUUUGUUAAUGAGAUCCCUAUUAAGGGCAGAUAUAUAAAGAGAGGAAGUUUUGUUUAGAUUUUCAGGCUUUCGACUACAUUGGAAGAAGUUAUUUAAAAUUCAAAAAUAUCUCUGUUCUAGAUGAAAAAGAAUGAUCUUCCCUUGAUCCAGUUUAUGAUAAUUAUAAGAAUUCUGCAUUCAGUUCUUUAACAGAACCAAUUGUUUAAAAUGCUCACUUUUGGGAGGGAGAUAAUGAUUUCAUAUUACCUUAGAUGUUUGUCCCACUGUUUUCCCCAUCGGUGCAUUAUUCAUUUUGUUUCUGGAAAUGUAACUGUCAAAGGAAGUGAAAUUUGAGUUCCUUUUCCCCUAGCUUUAUUAUUUUAAAAUUCAGAUGCCUCAAAAUAGACCAAAAUACAGUGAUGCAAAUGUGCCGAUAAAUGGCUGUUGACCCAGAUGCCAAGUGCAUAGCGUUUGUGAAUAUGUACACACUAUUCUAAUACUAUGGGACUGAUUUUUUUAUAUCUUCAGAAAUGCCAAAAACUUAUACUUUGUUGCACUAAUUUAGUCCAUUGUACACAUUCUUCCUAGUUUAUGAGCAGUAGCACUAAUAUUGUAAUGCUGUUUAUAACAGUGACAAUUAAAAUUUGAUUUGACUCCUGUAGAAUGAUAAAAGUUGGGUGCAAAAAACCAGUUGUGUGGAUCCAUUGUUUGUUUUUUAGGCCUUUGUAUUUUAAUUUUAUACUUUCCUACUCUUAGGCUCCUGGUAGAUGUAUUGGUCAAUAAGUAAAAAACAAAACAAAACAAACAAAAUCCUUUUUUGUUGAUGUUUGAAAGAGAUGAUUAUUCUAGACUGGAGAUAAGUGUGCACAUUCUCAAACAUCACAGACUUUGCAUUUAAAAAAAUAUUGCAUCUCUUGUCUAAGUAGGAAGUGCAGGGUCUACUCAUGGGACUGAUCCCCUUGUUGAUUGGUAUAAAAACUUGAAUUUUCUCCGCUGGGGCUGAUUCAUCCAUCUUUAGGCAACCUGUACCUCCUCUCUUCCUGCCUCUUGGGAUUUCAUCACAUUAAUGCUAAACUUACUGCAGACAUAGCCUAUUGAUGCUCAGAAUUCUUCAGUUUGAGAUCUGACAGCCUCUGACUCCUAGUUAACUGGGAUUAUAAUCAUAUGUCACAAGUCCUAGCUUUGGAAAUUCAAUGAAUUAACAAAAAAGAGGGGGGCAACCUUAAAAUCUAAGUCAGCUGUGCUUUUGAUAAAGAUAAAUUUUUUUUUAUUUAUCAAUGAUGUGUCAUGAAGAGAAGAUUAGUAAAAAUUUACAAAUGUCACUUCUAUGAUUUUUCAUUGUACAGUUUAUUCCUGGUCUCUUCCCUCUCCCUUCAACAUAACUCUCUCUUUCUUACUGUCAUGGGAGAAUAAACAGAUUUGGAGCUAAAAGCAGCAUGAGCCAUUACUUAGUUCACUCACCUCAUUUGACAUAUGAAGAAACUGAGGCAAUGAAGUGAUUUGCCCAAAGUGAUACAGAUAAUUAAUGAUAAAAGGAGAUUUUUUUUCCUGUUUCAUACCUAUAUGUAAAGGAUCCAUGAUUUCUGUGGGAGAGCUUGCUUGACCAGGGCCUAUUGCAACAUGUCUGUGACUUUAAGACCCAGAGAGUUGCCUGAUGGUCAGUCAGGUUUAAGUGAAUCUCCCAGCUGGUAAAUGUCAAAGAUAGGAUUUGAGCCUGUGUCUUUAUGAUUACAAACCCAGCACUAUUCCUUUAUGCUAUCCUGUUAUUUAUGAAUUUAAUAUCAAUGCCAUUAGUUGGAAUAAUUAAAUAACUAAAAAUAUUACCAAGGACAAUUUGUUUUUUGCAAUUUUUCUUCAGGUAAGAGAGGUCCUUAGUACUUCCUACUCUCUCUUCCAUAUAACAUUUUUAAGUGGAAAUUUUCUUCUUCUUUUUUUUUCCAUGUCCCAACUUGUGAGUUUCUUUUAAUUAAUGAUUCCUUAUGUUCCUGUUCAGUCAGAGGAUAUAGAAAAAUACUUCAAGGCCUCUGAUUUAUAUAAUUGGUGUCAAAUUCAAAUAGAAACCAGGGCCACUGAUGCAUACAUAAGAAUUGCUGUAAGCAGAAUAUAGUCUUAGAAACUACGUGUUAACAUUAUCUAGAUUCUAUUGUAUUUUUGUUUAUUUUAUUAAAUACUUUCCGAUUAUUUUUUAAUCUCAUUGGCACUGAGGAGUAUUGAAGGCAAAAGGCUUGAUACUUUUGCUCUCCAUUUAUAAAUCUUAUUAUUAAAAUUUUAAAUUAAAUGAGUUUAAUUGUGACAAUAAAUGAGUCAACAAAGGAGUGAUAAAGUGAUAAAGGAGUCCCAAUCAGGUAAUACAUGGAUAUACAUGACAUCUAGGAAUUCAAUGAUAAAACCAUUGUACACAGCUGUCGUUAGGUGACAUCAGGAGUAUUUUGUUUAGUCCUGGUGCAAUAUUUUAAGAAAGACAUUGAUAAGCUAAAGAAUUCCCAACCAGUAUGAUGAAAGGCUUUGCACUUAUGCCAUAUAAGGAUUAAUUGGAAAUACUAGGGAAAUUUAUGUUAGAAAAGAGAAGACGCAGGGACAUGUGACAUAAGUCUUAAAAAUGGAUGAAGGAAAGAUUUGUUUUGUUUGGUCCCAAAGGUCAGAAGUAGAAAUGAUAGAUGGAAGAUGCAAAAUGAUAAAUUUAAUCCUGAUGCAAAGAAAAAACUAGAUGGCUUAA